AUGGCUGCUGUCUUUAUGGCCUGGUAUGGGUACCUCAGAGCACUCUGGAAAUGGACACUACUGACAGCACAGGUUUUGUUAAUUUUUUUUCUUUCCCUAAAAUACUUUAGAUUUGGUCCAGCACCAGUGCAGGAACGACUCAGCUGCAUGGCCAGAAAUAACUCCAUCUAUGUGGUUGCAAAUAUUGGGGACAAGAAGCCGUGUGACUCCAGUGAUCCCGGCUGCCCCAGGGACGGUCGCUACCAGUACAAUACGGAUGUCGUGUUUGACACACAGGGGAAGCUGGUGGCUCGUUACCAUAAGUAUAAUCUCUUUCAAGGAGAAAGUCAAUUUAAUUAUCCAAAAGAGCCAGAAGCUGUCAUCUUUGAGACUCCUUUUGGGAAGUUUGGCAUUUUCACUUGCUUUGACAUCCUUCUCUCCACAGGGAGUGGCAUUUAUGCACCAGCUGGAGCCAGAACAUAUUCCUACAACAUGAAAACUGAAGAUGGUCACCUCCUCAUUGCUGAACUAGAUGCACACCCUCGUCUUUCUCCUGCCUCCCCGCCUGCUGUCAGCUGGAACUCAUAUGCUUUGAGUGUUGAAAGAUUCUCAGAUAAUGACCAUGAAUUCACUGGAAUAAUCUUUGAAGACCCCUUUACCUUCACGGAGCUCACUAAGCCUGGGGGGAAUCUCACCGUCUGCCAAAAAGACCUCUGUUGUCACCUGACAUACAAGAUGGCAGAGAAAAGAGAUGAUGAAGUUUAUGUGCUGGGUGCUUUUGAUGGCCUUCAUGUUAUUGAAGGACAGUACUAUCUGCAGAUCUGCAGUCUGCUAAAGUGCCCCAGCACAAACCUGAGCACAUGUGGACAGCCUGUGGAGACAGCUCAGACCAAGUUUGAGAUGUUCUCCCUCAGUGGCACAUUUGGCACCAGCUACGUCUUCCCAGAAGUGCUGUACAGCGGGGUGCAGCUGGCCCCCGGGGAGUUCCAGAUCUUGAAUGAUGGACGCUUGAUAAGUAAGGAAAAACCAACAAAACCAGUCAUUACUGUGAUGCUUUUUGGAUGGUUAUAUUAAGGGGAUCAUCUGAAACAAGACCCACAGCCAACAUGCCUCCUCAUGGUAUUUCCAUAAAUGAAGCUCUACACUGUUAUUCAUAUGUCCAAAUGAGAUACAGCGUCAUCUACAACAAUUCCAGCUAUGUUUCUCAUUUCCAGUUGCAAAAACUCAUCAAUCUGUUUGGUUUAAUAAUAAUGUGGCAAUAUUAUUAUCAUUUAUUGAGAAGAAUGUUUUUCUAUGUCAUAAGAUUAAUGAUAUUUUAUUAGUGCAAAACAGCAGUUUUCUCUUUUUGCUGGAUCUUUAUUUUUUUGAAGCUCAUAAAACAUGAACUGUAGUCCAGAGUAUACAUUCUUAUUAAUACAGCAUUGCAUAUUUUUCUAUUGCAGAUUAUUAUGGGACCGUAAAUAAAGCAGUGAAAGAUGUGAUUUGUGGCAGGUCUAUA